CAGAAAAGAGAGGGUCUUCAGCAGAUAAACACAGUGGCGACAAAACUCCCGUUGAACCGCCGAAAAAUGCUGAUGAACCCGAAGCUCUUGAAUGUUUGCCACUCUGAAAUCAGUGUCCAAGAUGAAGAAAGCAAUCAAAAAAAGUGAUCGGYCUGAAUCACGAAGUUCUGCAAGUCCAGUAGUAGUGAUUGAAACUUCUGAGUUAUUUAUUCAAGGUCCUCUGAUGAUAUUUGGAGAGCCAUACACUCCAACUGGAAACUUUGAAACAGACUUUUGUGAACUUUGUAUACGUGCUGGAUUUCCCACAAUGCAGGUAGUACCACGUCCACAGCGCCCACCAUUAGCUACACCUAUUGACAAUACUACAUCUACAGGAAAGAGUGAUAAGAAUAGCAAUAAAGAUGAACCCAUCAAACAAGAUGAUGUAACGUCUCCAGGGGAAGAAGAAGAACCUUUGAUAGCAACAUAUGUCAUUAAGGAAAAAUACAGUUAUUUCCAGCCCAGGGUUGAAGUGGAACUGGAUGAUGAGGGCAACAAGGGAAAUGUAAAAGAGAUUUACGUUAGAGGUUGGAAAAUUGAUGACCGUAUAUUAGAGAUUUUUACUGUAACACUACCACCUUUAGACAAGCUAACAAAAAUUGAUUUGUGGAACAAUGCUCUUACAGACAGCAGUAUAACCACAUUGGCUAGUUCUAUACAAAACCUGCCCAAUUUGAGAACACUUUGUCUUGACAAUAAUCCCCUGACUUUGCAGAGAUAUGGAGUAUUUCUGGGAGAAGAGAGCACUAUCCAGAAUCUGUCUCUUCGCAACUGCUACAUUAAUGACAUGGGAGCUAAAAUGAUUGGCAAUGCCUUGACUACCAACAAAUCACUUGUGAGUCUGAACUUGUGUUUCAAUAAAUUAACUUGUGAAGGAGCAGGAAACCUUGUUAAGGGAUUACGCAUGAAUAGGACUUUGCUCUCUUUAAAUCUUGGAAGCAAUCUUAUUUCUGAUGUAGGAGCAUCCAAAAUAGCUGAGGUUAUCUCCAGCUUCUCUUUAACCCACGAAGAAAUCAUUGCAAGAAGGCUUCUAAUAUCAAAGAAAUCACCAGAUGAUGCAGCAAGCCCCUCAAGAAGCUUGAAUGCCCCUGCAGGGGGUUCUAAAGAAAGGCCAGCUAGUGUAAGAAGUGGUGGUCAUCUAAGUAAAGAAGAACGGAAAAGUAGAGGGGAAAAGGACAGACCUAAGAAAAAGGAGGGAAAGAAGCAAGACGAUAAGGCUAAAAAGACGACGUCAAUAGAGUCAGUUAAGGUACCAGCUAAAGGAAAGAAAUCUGCCGCUACGAAAGGUGAUAAGAAAGGUGUCCAGCAGCAGGAACAGGAGCAACCAGAGAUAGUCGAGUUUACCAACCCUUUACUUGAAAUGCCGCUUAAAGAAGAAGGUGGAGACAUUAUAAUCCCAGGAAACAGAGCUCUUAUUAAUAUAAACUUAUCAAGGAAUAAGAUCGGAGAAACUGGAGUAGAAGCUUUCCUUAUUGCCAUCCAACGACAGAUCGAACUUGUAUCAAUGUUGAAUAAACCAACUGGUGUAAUGACACUAACAUUAUCGAGAAACUCAUUUUCACCCARUAACGGUUCUUAUCAGCGUCUAAUGGAAAUCAUGCAAACUCGUGAUCCUAAUUACAAGCCACCAGAGCAAAUCGAUGACACUAUUACUACUAUUAAGGAGGAUCCUUGAUGUACAAAGACGGUCAAGUACAGAAUUGUAAAUAUUGUAAAAUACAAUAAAUAGUGUGAAUCACGAA